CCAUAGCAGGCGAGAAGGAAGUGCCGCCCAGGGCCACUCCUCCUCACCAUUUCCUCUCCGGGCUGCUUUCUGUACGGAUGAGAGCGGCCACACAGGAGCUGCCGGCCCGUCGGAGGCCGGAGGGGAGAGCCCGUGACCGACACCGCGGAAAGAAGAUGAUGUGAUUGGGCUGUAAGAACCAGAAGAGAUGGAGGAAGAGCUGCCCUGCUCUGAGGUGGAUGAAAAAAGUGUCCUGAGGGAUCUGGAGAUGCCCUGCAUGGAGAGCAAUCCCACAGGAGACACAUCUGGAGCAGAGGAGGAUGCAGGAGAGGUGCCCUGUGCUGAGAGCAGCACAAAAGAGGAGGCUGCAACUGAAGGAAUUGUCUUCACUGAGGGCAGCGUGGAAGGAGAGACACAGGGCAGUGCCAGUGAUGGGGUAGGGGACAUUCCUGGCAGUGCCAGUGACAAGGAAGGGGACAUUCCUGGCAGUGGCAGUGACAGGGAAGAGGAGAUUCCUGGCAGUGGCAGUGAUGGGGUAGGGGACAUUCCUGGAAGUGGCAGUGACAGGGAAGGGGACAUUCCUGGCAGUGGCAGUGACAGGGAAAGGGACAUUCCUGGCAGUGGCAGUGACAGGGAAGAGGAGAUUCCUGGCAGUGGCAGUGACAGGGAAGGGGACAUUCCUGGCAGUGGCAGUGAUGGGGUAGGGGACAUUCCUGGCAGUGCCAGUGACAAGGAAGAGGACAUUCCUGGCAGUGCCAGUGGCAGUGCCAGGGAAGAGGACAUUCCUGGAAGUGGCAGUGACAGGGAAGGGGACAUUCCUGGCAGUGGCAAUGAUGGGGUAGGGGACAUUCCUGGCAGUGGCAGUGACAGGGAAAGGGACAUUCCUGGCAGUGGCAGUGACAGGGAAGGGGACAUUGCCGUCACGGACAGCGAUGGGGAAGGGGACAUUGCCAUCACAGAUAGUGACAGGGAAGGGGAAAUGCCCUGUGAUGCAAAAGAAGAGGCCUCUUGCUCUGAGAGUGACGCAGAGGAAGUGCCAGACGCUGUGAUCCCUGCUGCUCCCAAGAAAAUCACUUCCAUUUCCUCUCCCCUGCGCGCCUUCGUCCGCCUGCGCCGGCGCUACCAGGGCCUGAAGAAAAGCCGGCUGCACUUGGAGCUGCCUCGGGAAAAGUCUGCAGAGUUUGUCCACACCAGGCUGCUCCAGAGGCAGCUGUCCCUGAGCAGAACUUCCCUGUACAACCCUCCCAUGGCCUUCUUUAAUCAGUCUGGCUUUGAGAGCUCCCAGUACUUCACCUUUGACACGUCUGUGGAACAUUACUCGGUGAAAAAGUGCAGGCGGAAAAAGAGCCGGAGGAAAUCCAGGAUGGUUCUGUACCCAGAUAAAACAAAAAAAUACCUCCCAGCAGAGGAGAAGAGCAAGGCAAAGCGCUGCCUCCUCUUGCUCAUUGCCAUUAUGUUCUUCCAGAUUCUCAAUGCAAUAGAGAACCUGGAUGAUAACCUCCAAAAAUACGACGUGGAUGGUUUGGAGAAAACCAUGCACCGGGAAGUGUUUGGGCAGAAGGUUGCUGUGGAAAGCAUUGUGGAAUUACUGAAGGACUACCUGGCCACCCAUGUCCACAACAAGCCUCUGGUGAUCUCUCUGAACGGCCCCACGGGGGUUGGCAAGAGCCACGUUGGCUGGGUGCUGGCCAAGCACUUCCGCUCGGUCAUGGACAAUGACUUUGUGCUGCAGUACUUUGUGAUGCACCACUGCCCCAGCGGGGUGGCUCCCCUCACCUGUGCAAUAGACCUGUCCAAGAAGAUUGCUGACAUGGUUACCAGAGCUGAAAUAGAGGAAAAGACCCCGCUGUUUAUUCUGGAUGAGGUGGAGCUCAUGUCCCCCGUCCUGCUGGACACUCUCAGCCGAUUCUUUGAACCCAAUCAAACCAACGAGUUCCUCAAUGCCAUCUACAUUUUAAUCAGCAAUCUGGGAGGUGAUGAAAUCACAAAGUUCAUUACCCAGAAUGCAUCCACUGAGCUCCUGCAGCAGCAAAGGGGAGCUGAAGAGCUGCUGAGCAUCAUCCAGCCAGUGCUGGCCAGGGUGCACCCUCUGUGGAAGGCUGCAGACAUCAUCCCCUUCAUCCUCCUGGAGAAGGCUCACGUCAUAAACUGCUUCCUGGAGCAGAUGAGGAGGGAGGGGCUCUAUCCCGACCAGAAACACAUUGAAAAUUUGGCAAAUCAGCUCAGUUACUACACUACAGGGGACAAGCAGUACUCCAGCAUGGGCUGCAAGCAGGUUGUGGCCAAAGUCAACCUCCUGUAGGGAUUUACUGCGGAGACCAAGCCCUGCUCUGGGAGUUUGCAGAGCUCUCUGCUCAUGAGGAGUUUGUCUCACCAGGCUGGGCUCAAGGUGUCCUUCCUCAGCCCUGGUCCAGGCAAAGGGGUGGCAGCCUGGACAAGCUGGUCCCUGUUCUCCUCCAGAGCUUCAAUUUUUUCUGAUGUUCUGUGGAAAAGGAAGGGCAAAGAAGCUGGAGCCACCUCCCAGUCAGUGCAAGACUCUUCAUUCCUCAUUCUCAUUUGGGAUUCUUGUCAUUAAGGAGUUUUGAGGUGGCAUCAAAAGCUGCAGGACAUAAAUAGGGUGGAACAAUCCCUGGGCCACUGCCCCUGCAGAAUUUGUCACCUCCUGUGUCUCACUCUCUCCAGGCUCACAGCUCUUUGCUUCCCUUGGUCCUGGCUGGGGUGUGCAGGGCAGGGGCAGGGCUGGAGCCCUGGCCUGGAACAGUUUGUGGCUCCUGCCCCCAGAUGUGCAGGCUGCCCUCCCCAGCUCCUGCAUGACCACAUCCUCAGAACACUUCUUGGACCUGUUCCUGAGCUGUUGCUCUUCUGAGCUCAUCCCUGAGCUCACCUUUGGCACCUGCAGUGAGAUUUCUGCCCUGCAGGUGUGUUUGGGCUCGCCUCAAAGGCUGCUCACCUGUGCCAGAUGGUGCAGAAAUAACUCUGGAUUGUUUCAGGUCUGCUGGUGACACCUCAUCCUCAGAGCUCUUCUGCUUUUUGCCUCUGGGGACUCUGUGGGCAGGCAUUGUCUGGAAAGCCCAAAGCAGCAAUGGAUGGAUACUGAGCAACACACACACUGGAAAAGACAGUUUGGGCUGAUGGAGUGGGGAUCAGGGCUUGUUCCCAGUCCUGAGAGGCCAAGGAGAGGCUUUGCCAUUGAGCCCCAGGUGAGCUGUGGCCUGGGAGCAGCUUGGGAAGAGCACACAGCCAUGUUUUGAGCAAAACUGAGCAGGUAUUUAUGGCAUUGUUUUCUCAGGUUGUGGUUUUGUACAAGAUUUCUACAGCUUGUUGUGAAUUCCCAGACAAGAACCCCUGUGGAUGUUUGCACUGGGGUUUUGAUUCACCUCUCUGUAAUUGUUGGUCUCCAAAGACUCUGUCACAUAUUCCAGCUUCCAGAGCUAUUGUCAGGAAUAAACCCAAACUAUCCUGAAUAAAAGAAUUGAAAAUA